GUUAGUGGGUUUAGCUGGCGUGGGUUUCUUUUCAUCCGUGCGCUCUGGUUAAAUCCAGUGCCAUCGCGCUUCUUGUGAGUCCCUGCGAGAGAAUGCGAAGGGGAGAGGCAGGUCCGAAGUUGAGGCGAAUCCUGUGGCAUGCCGAUGGGCCUCCAGUUCUCUGAUGCGGAGAUAACGUAGGAGCUGUUGGUAUGGUUGACUGUAGGUAUGUGACCUCAGAGGAGCUUGAAUGAGAAUGUAAUACCAAGAUAAGUCGACUUUCAAUUCAACUGACUCUUUCCUGCAAGAUCCUUUGCCGCAAUGGGGGAAUUAAGAAGGGAAUAAGCUGGCAAGAAUGAGUCCAACAUUUCCAAGCAAGAUUGUUCUUUUUCCCUUUUUGUUUACUUUAUCCAGACUCUAGCCAAAAAGAUUCAUCUCAAGGAAAUGCCAGACUUUUUCCAAAGUGGCUGUACCGUUUUACAUUCCCACGAGCGAUGGGCGAGGGUUCCAGUUUCUCCACAUUCUCAUGGGUGUGAAGUGUCAUCAUUGUGGCGGUUGCCCUUUUUUAAGGACUCAAAGUUUGUAAGAAACUUGCUAGAGGAUGCUUCUUGAGUACAGAGACAAUGUCUAAGGAAUUAUAUUCUUGGAGAUGUUGGAAAAAGAUUCCUGGGUCUUGGAAGAUAAUUACUAGAAAUAUGCAGGGGAGGAAUAAAAUUGAAGGGUGUUUUUCUUAGAGAACACCAUUUGUCAGAUUUAUAAGGAAUUUGAAGAUGUAUAUAAGCAGGAUGAAGUUAAAGGAAAUAGAUCGUACAGCCAUGCAGGCAUGGAGCCCUGCCCAGAAUCAUCCCAUUUACCUAGCUACAGGAACAUCUGCUCAACAAUUGGAUGCAACAUUUAGUACCAGUGCUUCUCUUGAGAUAUUUGAAUUAGACCUUUCUGAUCCAUCCUUGGAUAUGAAAUCUUGUGCCACUUUCUCUUCUUCUCACAGGUACCACAAGUUGAUUUGGGGGCCUCAUAGGAUGGAUUCCAAAGGCGAUGUCUCUGGAGUUCUGAUUGCAGGUGGUGAAAAUGGAAAUAUUAUUCUUUAUGAUCCUUCUAAAAUUAUAGCUGGUGAUAAGGAAGUUGUGAUUGCCCAGAAUGACAAACAUACUGGCCCAGUGAGAGCCUUGGAUGUGAACAUUUUCCAGACUAAUCUGGUGGCCUCUGGUGCUAAUGAAUCUGAAAUCUACAUUUGGGAUUUAAACAAUUUUGCAACUCCAAUGACACCAGGAGCCAAAACGCAGCCCCCAGAAGAUAUCAGCUGCAUUGCAUGGAACAGACAAGUUCAGCAUAUUUUGGCAUCAGCCAAUCCCAGUGGCCGGGCCACUGUGUGGGAUCUUAGAAAAAAUGAACCCAUCAUCAAAGUCAGUGAUCAUAGUAACAGGAUGCAUUGCUCUGGGUUGGCGUGGCAUCCUGAUGUUGCUACUCAGAUGGUCCUGGCCUCUGAGGAUGACAGGUUACCAGUGAUCCAGAUGUGGGAUCUUCGCUUUGCCUCCUCUCCACUCCGUGUCCUGGAAAACCAUGCCAGGGGGAUUUUGGCAAUUGCUUGGAGCAUGGCGGAUCCUGAAUUGUUGCUGAGCUGUGGAAAAGAUGCUAAGAUUCUCUGUUCCAACCCAAACACAGGAGAGGUGUUAUAUGAACUUCCCACCAACACACAGUGGUGCUUUGAUAUUCAGUGGUGUCCCAGAAAUCCUGCUGUCUUAUCAGCUGCUUCCUUCGAUGGGCGUAUCAGUGUUUAUUCUAUCAUGGGAGGGAGUACAGAUGGUUUAAGGCAGAAACAAGUUGACAAGCUUUCGUCAUCUUUCGGGAAUCUUGAUCCAUUUGGCACAGGACAGCCCCUUCCCCCGCUACAAAUUCCUCAGCAGACCGCUCAGCAUCGUAUAGUGUUGCCUCUGAAGAAGCCACCCAAGUGGGUCCGAAGACCUGUUGGGGCUUCCUUUUCAUUUGGAGGCAAACUGGUUACCUUUGCGAAUGUCAGAACACAGCCUCAGCAGGGAGCUGAGCAGCAGCUGCAGCAACACCACGUCUGCAUCAGUCAGGUCGUAACAGAAGAGGAGUUCCUUAGCCGGUCAGACCAACUUCAGCAGGUCGUGCAGUCACAAGGAUUUGUUAGUUAUUGUCAGAAGAAGAUUGAUGUUUCUCAGACUGAGUUUGAAAAAAAUGUGUGGUCCUUUUUGAAGGUAAACUUUGAGGAUGAUUCUCGUGGAAAAUACCUUGAACUUCUAGGAUAUAGAAAAGAAGACCUAGGAAAGAAGAUUGCUUCGGCCUUGAACAAAGUGGAUGGACCUGAUGUGGCUCUUAAAGACUCUGACCAAGUAGCACAGAGUGAUGGGGAGGAGAGCCCUGCUGCUGAAGAGCAGCUCUUGGGAGAGCGCAUUAAAGAGGAAAAGCAAGAAUCUGAAUUUCUACCAUCAGCUGGAGGAACAUUUAACAUCUCCAUCAGUGGGGAUAUUGAUGGUUUAAUUACUCAGGCUUUGCUGACGGGUAACUUUGAGAGUGCUGUUGACCUUUGUCUACAUGAUAACCGCAUGGCUGAUGCCAUUAUAUUGGCCAUAGCAGGUGGACAAGAACUCUUGGCUCGAACCCAGAAAAAGUACUUCGCAAAAUCCCAAAGCAAAAUCACCAGGCUAAUUACUGCAGUAGUGAUGAAGAACUGGAAAGAGAUUGUCGAGUCUUGUGAUCUUAAAAAUUGGAGAGAGGCUUUAGCUGCAGUAUUGACUUAUGCUAAACCAGAUGAAUUUUCUGCCCUUUGUGAUCUUUUGGGAACCAGGCUUGAAAGUGAAGGUGAUAGCCUCCUGCAGACUCAGGCAUGUCUCUGCUAUAUUUGUGCAGGGAAUGUAGAGAAACUAGUUGCAUGUUGGACUAAAGCUCAAGAUGGAAGCAAUCCUUUGUCCCUUCAGGAUCUGAUUGAGAAAGUUGUCAUCCUGCGAAAAGCUGUACAACUCACCCAAGCCAUGGACACUAACACUGUAGGAGUCCUUUUGGCUGAGAAGAUGAGUCAGUAUGCCAGUUUGUUGGCAGCCCAGGGCAGUAUUGCUGCAGCCCUGGCUUUUCUUCCUGAUAGCACCAACCAGCCAAAUAUCGUGCAGCUUCGUGACAGACUUUGUAGAGCACAAGGAGAUCCAGCACCAGGACAACAGGAGUCACCUAAAAUUCCUUAUGAGAGGCAGCAGCUGCCCAAGGGCAGGCCUGGACCAGUUGCUGGCCACACACAGAUGCCAAGAGUUCCAGCUCAACAAUAUUAUCCCCAUGUUAGAAUUGCCCCCACUGUCACUACCUGGAGUAACAAAACUCCUACCGCCCUUCCCAGCCAUCCACCUGCAGCCUCUCCCUCUGAUACACAGGGAGAAAAUCCUCCACCUCCAGGCUUCAUAAUGCAUGGGAAUGUUAAUCCAAAUGUUGCCACAGCUCAGCUUCCCACAUCUCCUGGCCAUACGCACACCCAGGUGCCACCUUAUCCACAGCCACAGCCUUAUCAACCAGCCCAGCAGUAUUCCUUCGGAACAGGGGGGUCAGCAGUGUAUCGACCUCAGCAGCCUGUUGCUCCUUCUGUUUCAAAUGCUUACCCUAACACCCCGUACAUAUCUUCUGCUUCGUCCUAUUCUGGACAGUCUCAGCUGUACACAGCACAGCACCAGGCCUCUCCACCUACCUCCAGCCCCACUGCCUCUUUCCCUCCUCCCCCUUCCUCUGGAGCAUCCUUCCAGCACGGCGGACCGGGAGCUCCACCGUCAUCUUCAGCUUAUGCGCUGCCUCCUGGAGCAACAGGUACACUGCCUGCUGCCGGCGAGCUGCCUGCAUCCCAAAGAACAGAAAAUCAGUCUAUGCAAGACCAGGCAUCUAUGUUGGAAGGUUCUCAGAAUGGUUGGAAUGAUCCUCCAGCUUUGAACAGAGUACCCAAGAAGAAGAAGAUGCCUGAGAACUUUACGCCUCCUGUUCCCAUCACAUCACCAAUCAUGAACCCCUUGGGUGACCCCCAGUCACAGAUGUUGCAGCAACAGCCUUCAGCUCCAGUACCACUAUCAAGCCAAGCUUCAUUCCCGCAGCCACACCUUCCAGGUGGCCAGCCCUUCCACGGCAUACAGCAACCCCUCAGUCAACCAGGCAUGCCUCCGUCUUUUUCAAAGCCCAAUAUUGAAGGUGCCCCUGGGGCUCCUAUUGGAAAUACCAUGCAGCAUGUGCAGUCUUUGCCAACAGAAAAAAUUACCAAGAAACCUAUUCCAGAUGAACACCUCAUUCUAAAGACCACAUUUGAGGAUCUUAUUCAGCGCUGCCUCUCUUCAGCCACAGAUCCUCAAACCAAGAGGAAGCUAGAUGAUGCCAGCAAACGUUUGGAGUUUCUGUAUGAUAAACUUAGGGAACAGACACUUUCACCAACAAUCAUCAAUGGUUUACACAACAUUGCAAGGAGCAUUGAGACUCGAAACUACUCAGAAGGAUUGACCAUCCAUACCCACAUAGUUAGCACCAGCAACUUCAGUGAGACCUCUGCUUUUAUGCCAGUUCUCAAAGUUGUUCUCACCCAGGCCAACAAGCUGGGUGUCUAAAGGAUGGCUUCACUCUCAGCCACUAUUGCCAUUUUUCCAAAGAAACAUGUUUUAAAAAAUGAUAAGAUGUGGACCAGUCCUCAUUAGCAUGUUUCCAUAGCAGCCAGUCAAGAACAUUUACAUUGUUUCUGCAGAUAUACUCACCUUAGACCCGCUCAAAACCCUGGUGCUUUCUUUUGUUUUAAUCUUUUAUUGCCUGUGAUGAUUUUCCUAUUCUGCAAAUAAUGUAUUUCCUGGAUUACACAUAGUAUGCUUUCCUGAAGUAUUCUGAUAAAAUAUGGUUUUUGAAACCUCAGGUUUACUUUUUGGAAAAAGAGCCUUUGGUUAUGUGUAAAGCAGAGCUGAAAUUAAAUUUCUUUCAUGUCCUCCCUACUUCCUCCGUCUCAAUCAGAUUAAAGUGUG